AUGGAGCCACGCGAGGAGCUCCAGGCCCCCAGUGACAUUACCCUCCCACCACCGCCCUGCAAGCUGGGCACCACCUCCACCACCUCUCCAGGUUCCAGGCGCAAGAAGUUGCGGUGGCAGAGCGCCGUGCAGCACAUCAUUGACCAGCGGGAGCUGAACCAGCAGGUGGGCCUGGAACCCGCCCGCAAAAUCUAUGUCACGGACGCCUACAUCGAGGACAUCAACCAGCAGAUUCGCAACAAGGCGUCGCGCGGUGGCGGCCCGGCUAAGCGACGCUCCUCGGCCGCCCGUGUCCAUCCAGCCCGAGAGCGCCUCUCCUCAGCCACUGCUCAUGGGGGGAUCGACGGCUGUCUCAGCGAUGCCGACUUCUUCGUUCGCUGGGGCUCAGCCGUCCGCGGCGUUUUCCUGCCCACGCUCCAGCAUGCCUUCAAGUCCAGCGACCUGGAACGCCUCUACCAGCAGUACUCCUCCCGCCAGCGACGGACCUCCCUGGUGGUCACGAACGCUAUUGAUGUGGUCACCAAGCUCCACAUCGUCGUGCUCUACCUGGCAAUGGCCCCAGAGGCGGUGGACCCUGUGCGUGGACUUCUGGCUGGGCUUUUCAUGACACUGGGGGGGAUUCUCUGUUUUCUUGUGCUCAGCUGCAAGGAGGCCACGUCACCACAGUAUCUGCGCUAUGCAGGACUGGUCAGCUGGCUUUCCCAGACUGUGCAGGUGUUGAGCGGCCUGGUGUACGGCCUGGAGAGGGACCAGUCCUGGUACGUGCUCUUCAUCCUCUUUGCCACAUACACCCUACUCCCACUGCCCCUUCUCUGGUCCAUCUGCACCGGAACGCUCACCUCUGCCCUGCACCUGCUGGUGGAGACCGCACGCAACUACGAUGACGCUGCACUUCUCAGAAAGAUGUUGGCCAAGGGGCUCCUGUACAUGGGCAUGAACACCGCAGGCCUAUUCAUUCACUACCUGUCGGACCGGGCCCAGAGACAGGCCUUCCUGGAGACACGACGGUGCAUCGAAGGGCGGGUCAGACUCGAGCGGGAGAACCAGAGGCAGGAGCGUUUGGUGCUCUCCAUCCUGCCUCGAUUCGUUGCCUUGGAGAUGAUAGCAGACAUGAGUGCCAUGGAGGAUGACCUCCUGCCCCAGCAGUUCCACAAGAUCUACAUUCACCAGUACAAAGACGUUAGUAUCCUGUUUGCUGACAUCAAGGGCUUCACCACGCUCUCCAUGAGCCUGUCAGCCCAGGAACUGGUCCGUACCUUGAACGAGCUGUUUGGGCGCUUUGACCACCUGGCCGAGGAGCACCACUGCAUGAGGAUCAAGAUCCUGGGGGACUGCUACUACUGCGUGUCGGGUGUGCCGGAGCCCGAGAGCGCCCACGCCAGUCACUGUGUGGAGAUGGGCCUGGCCAUGAUCAACACGAUACGGUAUGUGGGCAAGGAGCUGGACCAUGAUGUGGACAUGCGCAUUGGGAUCCAUUCUGGCUCUCUCCUCUGUGGGGUGUUGGGCCUCCAGAAAUGGCAGUUUGACGUGUGGUCCUGGGACGUGGAUGUGGCCAACAUGCUGGAGGCGGGGGGCAUCCCUGGGCGGAUCCACAUCUCACGGGCCACCCUGGACUGCUUGAAUGGGCGCUACCAGACAGAGGAGGGACAUGGGCGCGAACGCAACGAGUUCCUCCGCAGGCACAACAUCGACACCUUCCUGAUCUGCCAGGCAGCUCCCGCCAAACCGGAUGCAGAGCCGAGCCGAGUCCGCCAACCCAGCCGGGAGGAGCAGUCCUGGAGCGCCGAGCUGCCCUUUGGCAACAUCAUCGGAAUGAACUGCAUCCUGGCCACCCUCACCAACGGCUCCUUGGCUCAGCUCCCCAACCAGCUGGCAGCGCAGCGCUCGGGGACGAGGGAGAUCCACCGGCGCAUUGAGCACGCCAUCGAGGUGCGCAGCGGCGAGCGCAUGCGUAAGGAGCACAUCGAGCCCAUCACGCUGGUCUUCAAGGACAUGCACAUUGAGGACAAGUUCUCUCAGAUGAGAGAUGAGAUGUUCAAAUCCAACAUGGUGUGCGCCUUCCUCGUGCUCCUCUUCAUCAUGGCCGUCCAAGCCCUCGUCCCAUCUCCACAGGUGCUUCCGAUGGUGGUGCUCUUCGCCGUCUUCCUGUCCGCCUACCUGCUGCUGCUACUGGUCACUUUGGCAGAGGAGUUCCGGCACUCUCCGUUGGCCCUGCAGUACCUGUGCUGUUGGAUCCACGAGUCGAAGGGCGCCCGCAACCUGCUUACACUUGCUGCCAUCGCCAUCAACUUCGGUGUCGCUUCUUCAGACCUUCUGUGGUGCAGUACCACACAAUCGGACACAGAAGACUUUGCUAAGAAGAGCGCUCAGCAAGCACCCAGUCAGUGGUCAUUCAACAUAUGCACCCAGUCCGAGUUUUUUAUCCUCAGCGGCAUGGUGGCCAUGGUAACGUGUGCCGUCUUCCUGAGGAUGAGCUGUUUCCUGAAGCUGGCCAUACUGUUGCUGGUCAUCGCUGUCUAUACCUACCUCAUUGAGGUGGCCUUCCAGGUGCUCUUCAUCCGGCAGCCCCAGCAAAGCCAGUUCCAUGGCCUUCACUACCUCAGGAGAAGAGGCAUCUCUGUUCUGCUCAUGGCGAUGUUUGUCGCAGCCGUGUUCUACAAUAGUCGACAGCUGGAAGCUACAACAAGGUUGGACUUCCUGUGGCGACUACAGGCCAGACAGGAAGUGGAGGACAUGAAGGAGCUGCGGGAACACAACGAGUGCCUGCUGCACAACAUUCUGCCCGCACAUGUGGCGCAGCACUUCCUGGAGAGGGACAAAAACAAUGAGGACCUGUACUCUCAGUCCUACGAAAAGGUCGGAGUCAUGUUCGCCUCCAUACCUGGAUUCACGGACUACUACGAGCAGAAAGAGAUUAACCACCAGGACGUAGAGUGCCUGCGACUCCUCAAUGAGAUCAUUGCAGACUUUGAUGAGCUAUUGGAGGAAUCCUACUUCGAAGACAUUGAAAAGAUCAAAACCAUUGGCAGCUGUUACAUGGCAGCUUCUGGCCUGUCUCCUGAUAAGAAGGCAUGUGAGGAUGAAUGGCAUCACCUCGUUGGGUUGGUCCUCUUUGCUCUGGCUAUGCAAGAGGUUCUGAAAGAAAUCAACAGGCGUUACUCAAACAAUUUCCAGCUACGUGUAGGAAUUUCCCACGGUCCUGUGGUGGCCGGGGUGAUUGGUGCUACGAAGCCACAGUAUGACAUCUGGGGCAUGACAGUGAAUCUGGCCAGCCGCAUGGACAGCACCGGGGUAAGCGGCCGCAUCCAGGUACCAGAGGGAACCAGUCAGAUUCUGGCCGAUCGUGGCUUUGCCGUGGAGCUGCGUGGGGACAUCUUCAUCAAGGGGGUGAGCGAGCAACGUGGAGGGGUCCGUACCUAUUUUGUCAGCAGUCGAGAGCAGAAGUCAAGCUAUGUGGAGCGAACCACCCGCCGCAGAAACCCUGGGGGGCGGAACACCCUGGCAGCGGUGGUGUUUGGCCUUGUCCAGGCUCGCAAACGAGAAAAACUGCGAGAAGCCAAUGGGGGCUUCCACUUCUCUUCACAAACCUGAAGCAUAAAGCCAUGGAUAAACUCCUAAAAGAGAUCACCAAAUCUCUUCUAGAAUAACUUUUUAAAGAAUGUUUAAAAUGUACCUCUGCAACAACUGGAAGAGAUUUCCACAUCUUCUCUGGGACAACUUUUUACUAAACUUUUAAAAUAUAUCUUCAUA